AUGAGGCGAUCUGAGUACAAGAUGAAAAGGGUACAGCAAGUCCAGACUGAGCAACGAUCAUUCAAGCCAAUUCAAGCUCAUGAGCUGAUACAUUUCAUCGGUUUACCGUGUGCCCGAACCCUUUGCCCGCACCGCGAGAAAUUGUCGAAGCAUUGGGCGGUGGAUGUACAAGGCGCGGUUCCCAAAGGAACAUUUGGGCGACACAUGGCGAGAAAGCGAUUCGAAGAGAUCGUACGAUUCUUGCAUUUUAGUGACAACAUUCAUGUUGACGCUGUCAAGUUCAAGACGUGGAAGAUAAAGCCUGUCGCCGACACGUUCAACUCAACGUUCAAGCUGGGGAUGACGGUGGGGCAACGAAUCGCCUUGGACGAAGGAAUGAUACCAAUGAGGAGCAAGUACAACCCCAUGCGGCUGUAUCUUCGAGGAAAACCCCACCCAUGGGGCACUAAGUGCUUCUUGACGUGCGAUCCAGACAGCAGGUACUACUACAGGACCGAGAUAUACCAAGGAAAGCUCAACCGUGAUAAUGCAGACCUGAACCAAGGUCCCAACGCUGUGAUCCGUAACGUUGAAGAGGCACUUGAAGGUCUACCAAGGAAGCGUCUGAUUAUCACCAACCAUUUCUACUCAAGUGUGCUGCUUUCGUCUAUCCUUCUACAACGUGGACUCUACCAUGUUGGUACCAUUCAAACGAACCGACGAGGUUACUGUAAAGACGUUCCAUACAAGCAAGCUAAACGACCAAAGACGAUGGCGAGAGGGGUAUACCGGAUUGCCCAGUCCAAGACUGAGUCGAAUUUGAUUCCAGUGUCCUGGAUGGACAACCGCCCUGUGCACUUCAUUGUGACUGGAUAUAGUACCCGGCGGACAACCCUGUCAAGACGCGCGGGUGCUGAAGUAGUUGACGUGCCAACUCCUCAUCUCGUGAAAGACUAUCAAGAUGGCAUGGGAGGAGCAGAUAUUCACGACCUGCUGUAUUUGCAAAGAUACUCAAUUCAGGGAGCGAUGAAAAUGAAGAAAUAUUACCACACAAUCUUUCUUGGGUUAGUUGAAAUGGCGCUCAUCAACGCCUACAUCAUCUAUCGACGUACUGCACUACUCAACAUUGGACCGGCUGACUUUGCAGGAAACGUGUCAGUUGAAGCAUUGGCAGACACCCCGGUUGCCCGCUCGUCAGUUCCGCGCUACACGCUUCCAGCACAGCACACGACUAAGCAAGUGAGCGUAUUUCGCACAACACGUGGAAAGAACGGGAAAUAUUCACAAAAGCGCCGUCAAUACGGCUGCAAGGUGUGCUCGUUGCUGCGUCCAGGCAAGAACUCGUGGGAAACCACGUUUUACUGUGUGGAGUGUUCUGAAGUGAGGAUGCGGGGCGUGGAUGACGAUAACGCCAUUGGAAGAGGGAAGGUGUAUCUAUGUCAAAAGGUGCGGCAACAUGAUUCUAGUGGACCUACAAACUCGGCCACCUGCAGUCAGAUAUGA